AGUUCUUAUUAUUUCCCCUAAAAUGUGUUACAUCUAUUGCUUCUUCUUAUUGAGACUAUUUGGCGCCAAUAUAAUAAAAAUAAUAUUAGAAAGUGUCACAUGGCGAGGUCAAGUCUGAAUUUAUCAAGUUUUGUUUGGAAAAUUUCGCAAAAUAUCAAAACAUUUCACGACAAUCAGCUUAAAAGUAUUAAAAACAUCAAUACAAUCGGAAAUAUUUCGUCAUUAAUUUUGAAUAUUUACUUAAAGUAUGUGUAGUAUGCGUGAGACAUAUUAUAAAUAUGUGAAUGUACUCUUUCCUCUCAUUUCCAUUCAGUUUAGUAGAACUCGUCGAAUAGACAACAACUUUCUGCUGUAUUUUUAAAUUUUAUCUCAUUUUAUUGUAAAAAAUAUUGUUUUUCUCAGCAAAUAGCACCUGUGAAUCACAAAUAAAAUGUAUCCAAACCAAGGUUAUAAUCCUGGACAGUAUCCAAAUAAUCCUCCAUUCGGAUCAGGAUAUCCCCCUCAAAUGCCACAACCAUCUCAAAUGCCACAACCAUCUCAAAUGCCUUUUGGUGCUGGAUAUCCUACAAUGCCUCAACAACCAGCAUAUGGAAUGCCUCAACCAGGUUAUGGACAACAGCCAUCAAUGCCUAAUUAUGGGCAAGCUCCACAAAUGCCUGUUUAUGGUCAAAUACCUCAAAUGCCUGGCUAUGGACAGGAAUCAUCUCAAACUCUUUAUGGCCAAGCUCCACAAAUGCCUGCUUACGGGCAACAGCCAUCUCAACCACCCUUUCAACAAGCUACACAGCCUUCAUAUCCAUCUGUUCCAAAUGCUUAUCCUCAAAGUGUUCCAAAUUAUUCAUCUCCAACUGCUCAGAUUCCAACUCAAGGCUACGGAAGUUACAGCUCUCCACAGCAUCAACAACAGCCUAUUCAGGCACAACAAUAUGCUGCUUCUUAUAGUUCGUCCCCCACUGCACAAGUAAGAAGAGGUCGUCCAACUGUUUUGCCAGCACCAAAUUUUGAUCCUUCAAAUGAUGCUGCUGCACUUCGUAAAGCAAUGAAAGGAUUUGGGACUGAUGAAGAUGGUCUUAUUAACAUUUUAUGUCGCCGUCCAAGCCAUCAAAGAGUUGAUAUUGUUCGUGCAUAUAAAACAGCUUAUGGAAAAGAUUUAUUUGAAGACAUUCGUUCAGAAACAUCAGGAAAUUUCCAAAGUGUUUUAAUAGCUUUAUUAAUGCCAAAAGCAGAAUAUUAUUGUCGUGAGCUUUAUGAAGCUAUGGUUGGAGCUGGAACUGAUGAGGACGCUCUGAUUGAAGUAAUGUGUACAAUGUCUAAUCAAGAAAUUCGCGAAAUUGGCAUGAUGUAUCAGAGAAUGUUUGGACAGACUUUGGAAAGUCAUUUACGUAGUGACACAAGUGGCAACAUGAAACGUUUAAUGACAUCUUUGUCAACUGGCAAUAGAGACGAAUCUAUGAGAACAGACGUAAAUUCAGCUCGACAAGAUGCUGAAGCAUUGAAAAGAGCAGGCAUUGGUAGAUUUGGAACUGAUGAAAGUGAAUUCAACAGAAUUUUGUGUCUUAGAAAUUAUGAACAACUAAAACUUGUUUGUCAAGAAUAUGAAAAAUUAACUGGAAAUCCACUCGAAAAAGACAUCAAGCGUGAAUUCAGCGGCGAUAUUGAGGAUGCUUUGCUUUCUAUAAUUCGUGUUGCAAACAAUCGACCAGAAUUCUUUGCACGCAGACUUCAUAAGUCAAUGGCUGGUCUUGGAACAACUGAUCGAUCAUUAAUUCGUCUUUGUGUAACACGUAGUGAAGUUGAUAUGGAGGACAUAAAGCAAGAAUUUCAACGAUAUUAUGGAAAGUCAUUAAAAUCGUUUAUUAAAGGCGAUACAUCAGGCCAUUACAAACACGCUCUUUAUGCUUUAUGCGCUGAAAAUCGAAGUUAAAUUACGAAUUAUGAAUAUUCGAUGAGAAUGAACUUUUUUUGACACUUACUAAUACUUUUUGCUAGCUAUUCAUGAAAUAUAUUAUUGAUUUCUAAUUAUUAAUUUUUAUAUGAUGUUACUUAUUUCAAAAUUUAAAAUAUUCGUGCGUGAAGCUAUCAAAUAUAUUAUAACUGCAUUUUAAAUAAAAUUCAAGUUUCCUUGCAUAAUCUUGUUGAAAAAGGACGAAAACCUUAUAAAUGUUUUAAUGCAGUUUGAACAAUAUUAAUAAAAUUUACUUUAAAGUUUUUGAAUUAUCAAAUUUUAGAGAGAUAUUUGAAUUUAAAGCUCUAGAUGUUACACAUAAUAUUGAUUAUUAAUAAAAUUAAUGUUCACAAAUUGUUACAGG